AAGAGCUUUCUGAUAAGACUCAGUGCCUGAGUGCCUGACCUAGCAUACAAUUGGGAUUGAUUACGCACAGUACCAUGUUUCUACCAUUGUUACUUGUCUUAUUGCAGAUUUGUAAAGUAAAUGGGGUAGAUGACGAAAUGUGGAGGAAAAGCGUCGAGAGACGAAUAGAUUUACUACAGAAAGAAAACCGGGAAUUAAAAAAGAUCCUAGAAAAUCUCGGUCUGGAGAACAAGCAGUUGAAAGACGAUCUGGAUUUGGUGAAGAAACGAUGCGUCUCAUGUGAUUCUCUGGACACCAGUGAAGAUGACGUUACGGAAGAAAAAGUGGAAAUGUCUUUUAUACAAGAUAUGGGAAAGGUUGAGACAGAAAGGGGCAGCGAAAUGGUAAACAGGAGAGAUAAGGAACCAGUCGCAAGAAUAAUCCCUCCUACCUCAUCAACACCAGUUUCUGCAGUUGCCUUCUACAGCUACAUGUCUAGCAAUAGUGCCGCGUCUCUUCCCACUCAUCAUACUCUAAUUUACGACGUCGUACAAAUCACCGAGGGAAUGGCUACAACAAAGACGAUGGAAUUUUCAUCCCCCCUGUAUCCGGGAUUUAUGCCUUUCAUUUCUCCAUAUGCAUUGAACAUGGUUCUUGGGUAUCUCUUGAAAUUGUCGUAAAUGGAAAAGCAAUUGGUGCUGUUUAUGAAGAAAGUAAAAGUACAACUGGAUGGCAUGAAGGAAGUAAUCUAGUGAUAACUGAUGUGAAUGCUGGUGAUCACGUGUUCAUCCGAACACAUGAAACAUCUACCAAUGGAAUCCAUAGUAACACCAGAGGAAGGACGUCAUUUUCUGGAUGGCUUCUCUACCAGUGAUGCUGAAAUUGAAUAAAAUAAUUCAUUACGCAA